AUGACUCCUUUAAAAGAUUAUAUAUUUAGAGCACCAAAUAAUGUGAUAGACUACUAUGUUGAUACAAGGAAGAUAUGUGAGUUAAUCUUAAGACUGGCAUCUAAAUAUGGUCCAAACAAAAAAGCAGUAUCUAAUUAUAUAAAAAAUAAUGGUAAUAUUGCAUUAUUCGAUUUUUCAGAAAAACAAAUCCCAGAUAUAUUAUCAGAAAGUAUUGCUUGUGACUAUAUAUUUAGAGAAUUAUUGAAUGAGGAAAUAGACAAAGUAAAUAAGUUUACUGCAACAAAACAUGAGGAAAUUUAUAGAGAAAUUAUGAAAAUAGGUAAACAAAUACGAACAGAAAUAAGUAUACCAGUAUUUGAAUAUAUAAAGGAAUAUAAGAGAAGACAAAAAAUUACUAAUGAAAAUUUUAAUAAAGGAAAUUAUAGUUAUAUUAUUGACAAUAUGAAGCUAUUAGAUGGAUUUGAAUUAUCUUUAAAUCAUUUAAGUAAUGAAAUUAUUCACUUGGAUUUUUAUAUUCGUACAAAUUUUAAGAUAUUAAUAAGAUUAUGCAGGUUUUUUGAUAUAAUGUUACAAACUUCUACAAGUGUAUGGUUUCAAACACACUUAACUAAAGAACCAUUUGUUGAUAUUAAUAUUGACAUAUUAUUAAUUUUACUCAGUUUAUCUUGGACUAGAUACAGAGAUGCAGAAAAAGUUAUUCAAGAACUUAAGGAGUUAAGUGAAAAUAAAAUAAAAAUUGAAAUAAUGUCUGAAACUUAUGGUAAUGAUAAUGAAUAUAAUCAAAAUAAGAAAGUUUGGAAACCUCCUGAGACUUUUUUAAGAACUACAACUAAAUAUUGGGUUCAUCCAAAUAAUGUAGUUUCAGCUAAGGUUGGAAUUGUUAGAUAUGUACCAUAUUUAAUUUUUGGUAUUUCAAAUUCAGAAUUAGAGACUUUAUUAGAUCCUUAUAUGUGUGUUGAAGGACAUAAUGUUGUAGAUCCUAAAACAAUUGAAGAAAGUCAGGCAAUCACAUCAGUAUAUUUAGAUAAUAUAAAUGCAGAAUGUUAUUAUAAUCGUAUUUCAAGAUUUGAAGAUGCUCAACUUUUUAGGCUAAGGUGGUAUGGUUCAAAUACAGGUUCUAAAGAAAAAGAAAUUUUUAUGGAAAGAAAAACACAUCAUGAAAGUUGGACAGGUGAAAAAAGUGCAAAGGAACGUUUUUCAAUACCUCAAAAAUAUGUUUUUGGAUAUUUAAAAGGAAAGUUUACUGUUGAUAAUUUAAUUAAAGAAGGAAUUUUUUAUGAAAAAAAGAAUACAGAGAAAGAAAAUAAUCAAAAAUCUAUCAAUUUAGCUAAAGAAAUACAAAAUUACAUUAUUAAUAAUAAACUCCAACCUUUUGUUAGAACAUCUUAUUUACGUGCAGCUUUUCAAAAUCAAGAUAAUAAUCAAGUUAGAUUUUCCAUUGAUACUAAUUUAUGUAUGGUUAAUGAAUAUAUUUCAGAUGGACAUCAAAAUGAACCAUGGUGUAGGUUAGCUGAGGAAGUAUUGGCAAAAAAUGAGGUAACACGUUUUCCAUUUGCAAUUUUGGAAGUAAAAUUACAAUCAGAACAACCAAUUUGGGUUUCAGAAAUGCUUAAAAGGUGUAAUGCAACAUUAGUUUAUAAAUUUAGUAAAUUUCAGCAUGGUAUGGCAAUUUUACAUCAAAAUAGAGUUUCAAUAUUUCCACAUUGGAUUGAAGAUUUUCAUCAAAGUAAUGAUAUUAAUGUUAUUUCAUCAUCAAGUAUUUCAGAAUUAAGUUACCCAAAAAGUAGUAAUAAUAAUAAUAAUAAUGGUGAUGAUGAUGAUUAUUAUUAUUAUAAUGAUGACAAUAAUAAUAAUAAUAAUAAUAACAGUGAUAACAAUCUGUCUGAGAUUAUCUCAAAAACUGAAAAAUAUCCAAAUAAUAUUUUUCAUAGAAAAAAUAAACACUUAACUGAUUUUGAAUUUGAAAAUGAAGACAAUAGAAUAUAUAAAUUGAUUAAUAUUUUAAUGAAUUCCUAUUUAAAUGUUGUAAAUUCUGAUUUAAAUGGAUUAAAAAAUGAAUUUAAUAAAAAUACUAAUAACUUUCAACAUUCUUUUAAUUCAUCAAUUAAAUGUAAUGAUGAAUAUACUUAUAAUAGUGGUUUUGAAUAUAGUAAUAAUAUUAAUAAUAAUAAUAAUAACAAUAAUAAUAAUAAUAAUAAUAAUAAUAAUAAUAAAGAAUAUAUUGAUGAGUAUAUUAACAGUAUUAAUUCAAAAAAAAUCAAAAAAUUGGAUCCAAAAAGUCUAUUUGCAGCAGAGAGAGUAAUGUUAUAUUGGUAA